AUGCCACCAAAGGCCGCACCCAAGAAGAACGCCGCACCCAAAGGAAAGAAGGGCAACAACGACGAUGAUGAUACCAAGGGAGGCAAGGCACUGAAGACCGCCAACAGCGUCAAGGUUCGCCACAUUCUCUGUGACAAGCAGAGCAAGGCAUUGGAGGCUAUCGAGAAGCUCAAGUCUGGCAUCGCUUUCAACAAGUUGAGGGAAGUGAUUGUGCGCGACAGGAGGUUUAUCGGGCCAGAUGAACACGUAUUAAUCAUGGACAUUGGACCGGCUAAUGAUAUAUUGCAGGUUGCUGAGGCGUACAGUGAUGACAAGGCCAAGGAAGGCGGCAGUUUGGGCUGGAUGAUCCGAGGCUCGAUGGUGGGCGCGUUCCAGGAUGCUGCGUUCUUGCUGCAGCCGAGUUCAACAGCCAAGCCCAUCUACACGGACCCUCCAAUCAAGACCCAGCACGGAUACCAUGUCAUCAUGGUUGAGGAUCGCAAGAACUAG